AUGGCCAGCGGCGAACCAGAUCUUGGCAAAGAAUACGCUUCCAUGAUGGAGGCUGGGGACUCGACAACCAUGGCCCGAUUCGCCACCCGCGUGACUGGGGAUGAUGACGCCCUUGAGUGCCGUUCCGUUGCCUAUUCAUUCAUCACGGUGGACGUGGGCCUCAGGCCUCAGCCACGGCAGCUACGCGAGGGGGGCCGUACCCAACGGUGCAUCCACUGCUGUGCAAGACAGGGAUCACAAAUUCUUGACAAAACAGUGGAAGAAGCAUACCGUGGAGUCGAUUGCGGUGACGGAGGUCCAUUUGGAGCAGUUGUCGUCCGCAAUGAUGAAGUGGUAGUUAGCUGCCAUAACAUGGUUCUGAAGCACACUGACCCUACUGCGCAUGCUGAAGUAACUGCAAUUAGAGAGGCUUGCAAAAAGCUCGGGAAAAUGGAGCUCUCUGACUGCGAAAUUUACGCGUCCUGCGAGCCAUGCCCAAUGUGCUUUGGUGCAAUUCAUCUCUCCCGAAUCAAGAGGCUGGUUUAUGGGGCCAAGGCGGAAGCUGCCAUCGCCAUUGACCUGCAAUGCACUACUCUCUUAUGA